AUGCAAGACUCAAUAGUCAUUGUUGGGUCUGGGGUGAUAGGAUUGGAUGUUGCUCUCAUCCUGGCAGAAAAAGGAUAUGGACAUCAUACAACAAUCGUGGCACAACAUCUGCCGGGAGAUACCUCCGUCAACUAUACAUCACCGUGGGCCGGCGCGAACUUUUCAGCAAUAUCUGGUAGCGAUGCGAAUGCUCUUACCUGGGAUAAGGCCGGGUAUAAACGUCUCAUGAAACUUGCAGAUACUCAUGGAUCCAUCGCUGCUAUCAGUAAGACGCAAUCACUAGAGUUUUGGGAUGAAAAGCCAGCUGAGCAGAAGCUGCAGUCUCUUGCGGGCUACUUGGAAGAUUUCACAGUGCUACCCUCACACAAGCUUUUACCAGGGGUGAAGUACGGCGUCUCCUUUACUACAGUCACAAUCAAUGCGCCCAAACAUAUCCAAUAUCUCAAGCACCAGCUCGAAGAGCAAGGCGUCAAGUUCCUCCGGCGUAAGCUAGAGCAUCUGGAUUCUGCUUUCUUGAGCAAGCAUACAAAGGUUGUCUUCAACUGCACCGGAAACGGUGCGCGCCACCUUCCUGGUGUCGGGGACGAGAAAUGCUUCCCUGUCCGAGGGCAAAUUCUGCUCGCCCGAGCACCGCAAAUUAAGCAAAACAUCAUGCGUCAUGGCAAGGAUUACGAGACGUAUAUUAUUCCGAGACCUAAUUCGAAAGGCAACGUGAUUCUUGGGGGUUUUAUGCAAAAGGGAAACGGCACCGGCGAUACUUUUGCCCAUGAGGCGGAUUCUAUCUGGAAACGAACAACAACACUGGAGCCAUCAUUGGAUGUACCGGAGACAGAAAUCCUAGCAUCCUUUGCAGGUCUCAGACCGGGGAGACUGGGAGGCGCGCGCAUCGAGAAAGAAGCGCGGUCUGAUGGCCGUAUCGUUGUUCAUAAUUACGGGGCGGGCGGAACGGGCUACCAGGCCGGCCUUGGUAUGGCGAUGGAAGCAGUGGAGUUAGCUCUUCCGUCCCUAGGGGAUUCAGUAGGUAGUCUGAAUGGGUUUGAAAAGGCGAAGUUGUAG